UUUCUCUCUCUAAAAAAGAUGGGUUUAGAUGAAGAACAACAGAGGAGGAUGAAGGGAAGAUAUUGUCUAUUACUAGCAUGCAAAGACUCAGAAUAUGUGAUGAAAAUGUAUGGAGGUUACAUGAACGUUUUCGUGACAACAUUUGGUGAAGAAGGAGAAACAUGGGAUCUGUUCAGAGUUGUCGACGGCGAGUUUCCCGACAUGUCCGACAUUCAUAAAUACGACGGGUUUGUUGUCAGCGGCAGCCCUCACGACGCUUAUGCUAACGAUUACUGGAUUCUCAAGCUUUGCUUUCUCUUGAAUACUUUAGAUUCAAUGAAAAAGAAAGUCCUCGGCAUUUGCUUCGGCCACCAAGUGUUGUGUAGAGCAUUGGGUGGGAAAGUUGGAAAAUCGAGCAGUGGUUGGGACAUUGGGGUUCGAAAGGUUAAGAUUUCAUGUGGGUCCGAUGACUCGAUGCCGAUGCCGUUGCCGGAGCUUUCGAUCAUUGAAUGUCACCAAGAUGAGAUUUUGGAAAUUCCGAUGGGAGUAGAAGUGGUCGGAGUUUCGGACAAGACCGGAGUUGAGAUUUUCAGGAAAGAGAGACAUGUUUUAGGAAUUCAAGGACAUCCAGAAUAUACAAUUGAUAUACUUCAUAAUCUAAUUGACCGACUUCUAUCUAAUAACUGUAUUCAGGAAAGUUUUGCUGAAGCUGUUAGGUUACAGUUGGAAACCACAGAGCCGGAUAGAAUGUAUUGGGUCAAGAUUUGUAAUCUUUUUCUUAAAGGAGAUGAUGUAAUUACUAAUUUGUUUGAUUAUUAA